AUUGGGCUGUGAGACCUCUUCAUCAUCGGAUCUGAACCAAUGAAAAGAGGGCAAAAAAGUUAACACGGCCCCACAGAAUCCAACCGUCCAAAUCAGAGACUUCUCCGUUUUGGAACCCCGAUCCGACGGCCAGAUACAAUCUAAGGACUUCGUGGUGUAGAAGCAUGACCACGCGGCAAAUUCCUGCGAAGGAGGAGGUCUCCGUCUGGAGCGAAAGACACGUGUCCUAGAAUACCGGGGUUUUAACUAGUCAAUGAGAUCAAGCAUAGAAAGUGCAUUACGUGUCAGUUCUUCCUUAUAAAUGGUACUACAAAACUCACGUAGGAAAGAAACUGUUACUUCCAUCUUUCUCUCUGUCCGAAACUCUACCUUCUAGGGUUUGCAAUGAGGACGUUUACUAUCUUUGAAAGAGCCUUCAAGGCUUUUCGUGACAACCCUUCACUCUCCAAGUUGAUGGUUGUCUGCACAGUCAGCGGUGGGGGCUUAUUAGCUUUCGCAGAAACGAGGCCAUUCUCCGGCUCAGAUUCAGUACCAAAGAAGAAAGUGGUGGUCCUUGGAACUGGGUGGGCAGGCACAAGUUUCCUGAAGAACUUGAAGAGUUCCACCUUCGAAGUCCAGGUGGUGUCGCCCCGUAACUAUUUUGCAUUUACUCCUCUGCUGCCAAGUGUUACCUGUGGCACGGUGGAAGCUCGCAGCAUUGUGGAGCCUAUUCGGAACAUUGUCAGGAAGAAAGGUAUAAAUAUUGAAUUCAAGGAAGCUGAAUGCUACAAGAUUGAUACAGAUAAUAAUAAAGUUUAUUGUAGAUCAGGCCAGGACACCAAUUUAGGAGGGGAAGAGGAAUUUUCUGUAGAUUAUGACUACUUGGUGAUAGCCAUGGGGGCUAGAUCAAACACAUUCAACACUCCUGGUGUGGUAGAGAAUUGCCAUUUCUUGAAGGAAGUGGAAGAUGCUCAGAGGAUUCGUAGGACUGUGAUCGACUGCUUUGAGAGGGCAAGCCUUCCCAAUCUUAGUGAAGAAGAGAGGAAGAGGAUCCUGCAUUUCGUGGUUGUUGGGGGUGGCCCAACAGGAGUGGAGUUCGCUGCAGAACUUCAUGAUUUUGUUCUUGAAGACUUAGCUAAACUGUAUCCUAGUGUAAAAAAUCUUGCAAAGAUAACACUCCUCGAGGCAGGCGAUCAUAUCUUGAACAUGUUUGACAAAAGAAUUACUGCUUUUGCUGAAGAGAAGUUCCAGAGAGAUGGUAUCCAUCUGAAAACAGGGUCAAUGGUGAUCAAAGUAGAUGAUAAACAUAUUUCUACGAAGGAAAGAUCAACUGGGGAAGUUUCAGAAAUCCCAUUUGGAAUGGUCGUAUGGUCAACUGGUAUUGGUACUCGUCCUGUCAUAAUGGACUUCAUGAAUCAGAUUGGCCAGACUAACAGGCGGGCUUUAGCAACUGAUGAAUGGUUGAGGGUGGAGGGAUGCAAUAACAUAUAUGCUCUAGGUGACUGUGCUACAAUUAAUCAACGAAAAGUCAUGGAAGACAUUUCUGUGAUAUUCAGCAAGGCAGACAAGAAUAAUUCAGGAACUCUAAAUUUGAAAGACUUCCAAGAAGUAAUUGAUGACAUUUGUGAGAGGUACCCUCAAGUGGGGCUAUACUUGAAAAAGAGGCAGAUGAGAAACAUUGCUGAUUUACUGAAGAGUUCUCAAGCUGAAAAACAGGGAACUGAAUUGGAUAUUGCGUUGUUCACAUCAGCUCUUUCUGAAGUGGAUUCCCAGAUGAAAAAUCUUCCUGCAACAGCUCAGGUAGCUGCUCAACAAGGCCAGUACCUUGCCAACUGCUUCAAUCGCAUGGAAGAGUGUGAAAGGAAUCCUGAAGGUCCUCUCAGGUUCAGGGGAACAGGACGCCAUCGGUUUCAUCCUUUCAGGUACAAGCAUCUUGGGCAGUUUGCUCCACUGGGAGGUGAGCAAGCUGCAGCUCAACUCCCUGGGGAUUGGGUUUCAAUUGGUCAAAGCACCCAAUGGCUCUGGUAUUCAGUAUAUGCAAGCAAGCAAGUCAGCUGGCGCACAAGAGCAUUGGUGGUAUCUGACUGGGGACGGCGGUUCAUUUUUGGAAGGGACUCAAGCAGAAUCUGAGACAGCUGAGAAUGCAAACAACACUGAAAAUGUCUUCUGUAGUAGACAAAGCAACUGAGACUUUGCCCCCGCUUCUCAUUCAACAUUCUAUAAUUUUACAAUUGUUAAUUCAAUAAUGUUCUUUCAUUCAAACUGAAUCUUGGGUUCAUCAUUGGUAUACUGUAUUAUGCUUGCAAUCUAUUCAGUUCUUAUUUAACAAAUCA